GUUGGUAUUAUCUAUUGAGUAAUGAUAGGGAUCAUAAAAAAAAAAAUUAUGAAAUGCAUCAUAAAGAUUUUUUAUUUUUAAUUAAUGUUUGAUAUUUUAUUAUAUGUGUAAUUUAAAGGCGGAGAAAUUUUCAUGAUCAUUUUCAUGACAUAUUUUUUCAUGAUCCUAGUAUUACUCUUAUCUGUUCGACAUGCAGCUGCACAUAGUUUUGGUACCGGACAUUGGUAGCUAUUUAGCUUUGCUUGACUGUUGUUGGGUUUUGCUCAAGAAACUCAUGCUCAGCUCAAUUCUUAUCCUUGAACUCUGUGACCUUCAAACAACACUAGUCAAUACCUUUUCCUUACUCAAGGUCUAAAAUGGCAACCCCAGCUCCACCAAUAAGCCCACCACCUUUCCCAAAACCCAUCACAGCCAGCCCAAGAAAGGACACCCACCCACUCUCUCUCCUACCCAAAUGCAACUCUCUCAGAGAGCUUAAGCAAAUCCAAGCCUAUUCCAUCAAAACCCACCUCCAAAAUGACAUCUCUGUCCUUACCAAGCUCAUCAACUGCUGCACCGUCCACCCAACCACUUCCUCCAUGGAACAUGCCCACCACCUGUUCGACCAAAUUCCCAACCCAGACAUUGUUCUCUUCAACUUCAUGGCCCGUGGCUAUGCCCGAACUACUUCCCCAUUUCGAGCUUUCACUCUCUUCACCCAAACCCCCAACCUUGUGCCUGACAACUACACCUUUCCCUCUCUCCUCAAGGCAUGCGCUAGUUCUAAAGCUAUACAACAAGGGAAGCAAUUGCAUUGCCUUGUUGUUAAACAUGGGCAGAACUGUAACAUUUAUGUGUAUCCUGCUUUAAUAAACAUGUAUACCGAAUGCAAUGAUAUGGACUCGGCUGCCCAGAUAUUUUCUAGGAUAUUAGAACCAUGUGUAGUAAUCUAUAAUGCAUUGAUAGCUGGUUAUGUUAGGAGUAGUCAACCGAACAAGGCCUUGUCUUUGUUCCAGGAAUUGCAAGCUAGAAAUGUCAACCCUACUUAUGUCACAAUGCUUAGCGUUCUUUCAUCUUGCGCUUUGUUAGGAGCAUUAGAUAUGGGGAAAUGGGUACACAAGUAUGUCAAUAGAAAUGGAUUUGAUCAGCAUGUUAAAGUGAGCACUGCACUAAUAGAUAUGUAUGCAAAGUGUGGGAGCUUGAAUGAUGCGGUUUCCGUUUUUGAGAGCAUGACUUUCAGAGACACGCAGGCAUGGUCAGCAAUGAUUGUGGCUUAUGCGAUUCAUGGGCACGGUUAUAGAGCUAUAUCUACAUUUGAGGAGAUGAAAAUGGCGCAUGUUGAACCUGAUGCAAUUACAUUUUUGGGUCUUUUAUAUGCAUGCAAUCACACUGGUUUGGUAGAUGAAGGUUGGGGGUAUUUCUUCAGUAUGAGAGACAAGUACAAAAUUUCUACUGGGAUCAAGCAUUAUGGGUGCAUGGUGGAUAUGCUAGGUCGAGCAGGCCGCUUAUAUGAUGCUUAUAAGUUCAUAAAUGAACUGCCAAUUAAGCCAACUCCAAUACUUUGGAGAACCCUGUUAGCAGCUUGCAACAGUUAUGGCAAUGUAAAAUUGGGGAAGCUGGUAAUUGAGAAAAUUUUUGGCCUAGAUGACUCACAUAGUGGGGACUAUGUGAUCUUCUCGAACAUGUGUGCAAGAGCUGGGAGACGGAAAGAUGUAAAUUAUAUCAGGAAAUUGAUGAAAGAUAAAGGGGUGGAAAAGGUGCCGGGAUGUAGCUCGAUAGAGGUGAACAAUGUGGUACAUGAAUUCUUUUCGGGAGAUGGAACACGUGUUGAGCAUAGAGAAUUGCACAAGACACUUGAUGAAUUGGUUGAGGAAUUAAAGUUGGUUGGGUAUGUUCCAGAUACUUCCUUGGUCUUUCAUGCAGAUAUGGAAGAUAGAGAGAAAGAAGCUACUCUUAGAUAUCAUAGUGAAAAACUGGCAAUUGCUUUUGGCCUUCUAAACACCCCAUCUGGAAUGACAAUUCGUAUUGUGAAGAAUUUGCGUAUCUGUGGAGAUUGCCAUUCAGCUGCUAAAUUUAUAUCAUCAGUCUUCAAAAGACAAAUAAUUCUCAGAGAUGUACAGCGGUUCCACCAUUUCAAAGAUGGGAAGUGCUCUUGUGGGGAUUACUGGUAGUAGAAUUGAAUGGAAGCAGAAUUGAUUCUUGUAACGCUACUGAGAUGUACUGGUUGUGUUUGUGAAAACAUUUUCUAUCUAAUACAUUUUUGGAAACAUUCCUAGCACAUCAGAGCCAGUAAUAAGCAGAUGAGGUUGGUGCUCUUUUAUUGUCUCUUAUGACCAUGAUUAGGAUGGACAUGCACUCUAUUUUAGCUGCACAACUGCAGUGUGCCAAAGUUAAUUAAUGUACAGAAACAAGUAGUUAUUGAAACAACCAAAUGGAUCUUACUAGA